AUGGGCGAUUCUUUAGAUGGCUCCGGGGAACCGUCUCCGGAGUCACAGAAUGUCGCGGUCGUCGAAUUCACAGCGUUCGCGAAUUAUCUCCGUAAAACAGUUACUGUUCUAUUACCGGACGAGGACGUAAUGCCGCCCGCGUUCAACAUGGCUCUCGAGGAAAGAUAUAACCAGGAUUGCAUACGCAAAUUUCUCGGUGAUUCGCAAGUCAGUUCGCUUUACGUACAGAGAAGUUCGAUCAAAGAAGAAGAUAGCGGUGAAGGAGAUGAGGACAAGGAAAAUGCAACUUAUUAUAUAUCAAAUGAGAUACGCUUCUCAAAUCCAAAAAUGGCCUCUUUAGUUUUAACAAAACGUGGAAUGGUCAUUGAAGCUGACAAAUCUAUCCAUUCUCAAUUGCGUUUGAUCACUUUCUCUGAUGGACCGCCAUAUGAAACUUUGCACGCAAUAAGCAAAACUAUGGCGCCUUAUUUCAAAAGUUACGUAAAGGAGACAGGUCGCGCUCACAGAGAUGGAGACAAAAUGGUACCAUUAGUAGAAAAGAAAAUUGCAGAACUUGAAAUGGGCUUAUUGCAUUUACAACAAAACAUCGAUAUUCCGGAAAUUUCAUUACCUGUACAUCCAAUUGUUGCGCAAGUCAUUAAACAAUGCGAAGAAGAAGGUCGUAAGCCAAAAGUCGCUGACUUUGGAGAUAAAGUGGAAGAUUCAACAUUUUUGAAUCAAUUGCAGAACGGUGUAAACAGAUGGAUAAAAGAAAUUCAAAAAGUGACCAAACUGAAUCGAGAUCCUGAAUCGGGUACAGCACUUCAAGAAAUAUCUUUCUGGCUAAAUCUUGAAAGAGCAUUACAUCGUAUUCAAGAAAAACGAGAAAGUAUUGAAAUCUCUUUGACGCUUGAUAUACUCAAACAUGGCAAACGAUUUCAUGCCACUGUGAGUUUCGAUACUGAUACUGGCUUGAAACAAGCGCUAGCUACGGUGAAUGAUUAUAACCCGUUAAUGAAAGAUUUUCCGAUCAACGACUUAUUAUCGGCUACCGAAUUAGAAAGAAUACGUAGCAGCGUACAACAGAUUUUCAUGCACUUGAGAAAAAUAAGAAGCACGAAAUAUCCCAUUCAGAGAGUAUUAAGAUUGGUAGAAGCUAUCUCAAGAGAUUUAGGACAACAGUUGUUGAAGGUAUUGGGUACACGACGUUUGAUGCAUAUUCCGUUCGAUGAAUUUGAGAAAGUUAUGGGUCAAUGUUUUGAAGUGUUCACUACUUGGGAUGAUGAAUAUGACAAGCUUACAGGAUUGUUGAGGGAUGUUGUAAAGAAGAAACGUGACGAGCAUAUGAAAAUGGUAUGGAGAGUAUUACCAGCGCACAAGAAGUUGCAAUCGAGAAUGGAGCACAUGCGUCGCUUCCGUCGGCAGCAUGAACAAUUGAGAACAGUGAUAGUUCGUGUACUCAGACCUGUUCGCCAAAAUAGUAAUCCCAUGAUGGAAAAUACUGAUAAUGACAAUGUAAAAGUGGAAUUCGCCUUAGAUGCUGCAGAUGCUAAUGCAAUUAGUGAAGUUAAUUUAGCUUACGAGAAUGUAAAGGAAGUAGAUUGUCUGGAUAUUAGCAAAGAAGGGCAGGAAUCUUGGGAUGCUGCAGUGCACAGAUAUGAGGAGCGUAUAGAACGCGUAGAAGCAAGGAUUACAGCGCAUCUUCGAGAUCAAUUAGGCACAGCUAAAAAUGCAAAUGAGAUGUUUAGAAUAUUUUCAAGGUUCAAUGCGCUCUUUGUGAGACCACAUAUUCGAGGCGCUAUUAGGGAAUAUCAGACACAACUGAUACAAAGAGUCAAAGAUGAUAUCGAAGCGUUACAUGAAAAGUUUAAGGUUCAAUAUGCACAAAGCAAAUGCUGUAGAAUGAGUAUGGUGAGAGAUUUACCACCUGUUGCUGGAUCUAUAAUAUGGGUCAAACAGAUCGAUUAUCAGCUAACAAUGUAUUUAAAACGCGUUGAAGAUGUUUUAGGUAAGGGAUGGGAAAGCCAUAUUGAAGGUCAGAAAUUGAAAGCCGAUGGCGAUAGCUUCCGUAUGAAGCUAUCGACGCAAGAGAUUUUCGACGACUGGGCGCGUAAAGUGCAGGCACGAAAUCUCGGUGUAACUGGACGAAUUUUUACUAUCGAAAGUGUGCGUUCGAGAACUGGACGUGGCAAUGUAUUAAAGCUAAAAGUGAAUUUCCUUCCUGAAAUUAUUACACUAUCCAAAGAAGUAAGAAAUUUGAGGAAUCUUGGAUUUCGCGUUCCUCUACCUAUUGUGAAUAAGGCUCAUCAGGCUAACCAAUUAUAUCCCUUUGCCAUCAGUUUGAUUGAAAGUAUCAGAACUUAUGAGAGGACAUUAGAAAAGCUUACCAAUCGGAGUCCCCAUUGUCCCGCACUAAAGAUCGAAGAUAAAGCCAGUAUUAUACCCUUAGUCGCUGGUAUGCGUAAAGAUGUCCUGUUAUUGAUCUCUGAGGGUAUUGCACUGGUUUGGGAAAGCUACAAACUUGAUCAAUAUGUACAACGUCUUUCCGAGGCCGUGGUUUCUUUUCAAGAAAGAGUAGAAGAUCUCUUGGUUGUAGAGGAACAACUAGACGUUGACGUUCGUUCUCUUGAAACUUGUCCCUAUUCUGCAAAUACUUUUGCCGACAUAUUGUCUAAGAUCCAGAAGUCAGUAGAUGAAUUGUCUUUGAAAAAUUACUCUAACUUACAUAUAUGGGUAGCAAGACUCGAUGAAGAAGUGGAAAAAAAUUUAGCUGCUAGAUUAGAAGCUGGAAUAAAAGCAUGGACUGAUGCACUAACAGGUCAUAAAAAAGAGGUAGACUUAAGUAUGGAUACAGAUGCUCCUGUACAGCCGACGCAUAAACCUGGCGGCGAUCCUAAGAUUCAAAAUCAGAUUCAUGAGGUCCGAAUUACGAAUCAAACUAUGUAUCUCUACCCCAGCAUUGAAGACGCCCGAUUUCAGAUAAUGCAACAAUUAUUUGCAUGGCAAGCAAUUGUUACAUCGCAAAUCCGUCUCCAAAGUUCAAGAUAUCAAGUUGGCUUAGAUAAACCCGAAUCAGGGACAUAUAGAAACUUGCUUACAAAGUUACCUUCUGGUAAACAACCACUGGAAGCAGCAUAUGAAGCAGUUGAAUCUAAAAUGAAAGAUGUUGCUGAUUACGUUGAUCAAUGGCUACGUUACCAAGCUCUUUGGGAUCUGCAACCAGGCAAUCUUUACGGCAAAUUAGGGGAAAAUAUUAAUUUAUGGAUGAAAUGUCUCAACGAUAUAAAAAAAACAAGAACUACUUUCGAUACUUCCGAUACUAGACGUGAAUUCGGACCAAUGAUAAUAGAUUUUGCAAAGGUGCAGAGUAAAGUUUCACUAAAGUAUGACUCGUGGCAUAAAGAAACUUUGGGUAAAUUCGGGACGCUUCUUGGUAAUGAAAUGGCUAGUUUUCAUGCACAAGUAUCGAAAUCUAGGAGCGAUCUCGAGCAACAAUCCAUUGAAGCAGCUAGCACAUCUGAUGCAGUUGGUUUUAUAACAUAUGUUCAAUCCCUAAAGCGUAAAAUGAAAGCUUGGGAAAAACAGGUUGAUGUAUAUCGCGAGGGUCAAAGGAUACUUGAACGUCAGAGAUUCCAAUUUCCUUCUUCUUGGCUGCAUGUAGAUAAUAUAGAAGGAGAGUGGGGCGCAUUCAAUGAGAUUAUCAAACGCAAAGAUACUAGUAUUCAAACUCAAGUUGCGUCCUUACAAAUGAAAAUUGUCGCCGAGGAUAAAGCGGUUGAAACAAGAACUACCGAUUUUCUCAGUGAUUGGGAAAGGGGAAAACCUGUGGAAGGCCAUUUGCGACCAGACGAUGCCUUGCAACAGCUGCAGUUGUUUGAGAGUAAAUUUGCUAGACUUAAGGAAGAAAGGGAUAAUGUUGCAAAAGCAAAAGAGGCGUUAGAAUUACAAGAACCAGGUGGAAUAUCAACUAGUGAAGAUAGAAUGCAGGUGGUAUUUGAAGAGUUGCAAGACUUGAGAGGAGUUUGGUCAGAAUUAUCAAAAAUAUGGGCUCAAAUCGACGAAACGCGUGAGAAACCUUGGCUCUCCGUACAACCACGAAAAUUACGUCAGCAAUUAGAUACAAUGAUGGCGCAAUUGAAAGAACUUCCAGCCAGAUUAAGGCAAUACUCGUCGUACGAAUACGUGAAGAAGAUGUUACAAAGUUAUACGAAAGUGAACAUGUUAAUUGUAGAACUGAAAUCGGAUGCACUCAAGGAAAGACAUUGGAAGCAGUUGACGAAGCAGCUUAGAGUGAAUUGGGUAUUGAGCGAACUUACUCUUGGCCAAGUCUGGGAUGUAAAUCUUCAAAAGAAUGAAGGUAUAGUUAAGGAUAUUAUUCUGGUGGCUCAAGGGGAAAUGGCUCUCGAAGAAUUUUUAAAGCAAGUGCGCGAAUCUUGGCAAACUUACGAAUUAGAUUUGAUAAAUUACCAAAAUAAAUGUAGGUUGAUACGUGGCUGGGACGAUUUGUUUAAUAAAGUAAAAGAACACAUCAACUCAGUGGCCGCUAUGAAGUUAUCGCCAUAUUAUAAAGUAUUUGAGGAAGAAGCUUUGACUUGGGAAGAAAAGCUAAAUAGAAUCAAUGCCUUGUUCGAUGUAUGGAUAGAUGUACAACGACGAUGGGUUUACCUCGAAGGCAUUUUCUCUGGCAGUGCGGAUAUCAAAACAUUAUUGCCAGUAGAAACGUCACGUUUCCAAAGCAUUAGUUCUGAGUUUUUAGGACUAAUGAAAAAAGUAUCUAAGUCACCUAUGGUCACAGACGUUCUGAACAUCCCAGGUGUUCAAAGAGCGCUCGAACGUCUUGCCGAUCUUCUCGGUAAAAUACAGAAGGCACUAGGCGAAUACUUAGAAAGAGAACGAACAUCUUUCCCGCGCUUUUAUUUCGUUGGCGAUGAAGACUUAUUAGAAAUUAUUGGUAAUAGCAAAAAUAUUGCACGACUGCAGAAACAUUUCAAAAAGAUGUUUGCUGGCGUAGCCGCUAUUCUGUUGAAUGAAGAUAAUACUAUUAUUACUGGUAUCGCAUCACGUGAGGGUGAAGAAGUUAUAUUCCAGAGUCCAGUAUCUACAAUUGAUUAUCCCAAGAUUAAUGAAUGGUUAACACUCGUCGAGAAAGAAAUGCGUGUGACACUUGCUUCAAGCCUUGCGAAAGCUGUACAAGAUAUUAAACAAUUCAAGGAUGGUAAUAUAAAUCCGCAGGCAUUUAUGACAUGGUGUGAUAAUUAUCAGGCUCAAAUAAUAGUUCUAGCCGCGCAAAUUUUGUGGUCGGAAGACGUAGAAGCGGCACUUCACGAAGCACAAGCAGAUCCAAGCAAAAAUUCAUUAGAAAGAGUUUUAGUACAAGUGGAAGGAACAUUGAAUGUUUUAGCUGACUCUGUUCUUCAAGAGCAGCCACCUUUAAGGAGAAAGAAGUUAGAACAUUUGAUUAAUGAGUUUGUACACAAACGCACCGUCACCAGACGAUUAAUUGCUAAUAAAGUUUCAAAUCCCAAGGCAUUUGAGUGGUUGUGUGAAAUGCGAUUCUACUUCGAUCCUAGACAAACAGAAGUGCUUCAACAACUUACGAUACAUAUGGCAAACGCUAAAUUCUUUUAUGGAUUCGAAUAUUUAGGAGUGCAGGACAGACUUGUGCAAACACCUUUAACUGACAGAUGUUAUUUAACGAUGACACAAGCUUUAGAGGCUCGGCUCGGUGGAUCUCCAUUUGGACCAGCUGGCACAGGAAAAACCGAAUCUGUAAAAGCUUUAGGACAUCAACUUGGAAGAUUCGUAUUAGUAUUUAAUUGCGACGAGACAUUCGACUUUCAGGCUAUGGGUCGUAUAUUUGUUGGUCUUUGUCAAGUGGGUGCAUGGGGUUGCUUCGAUGAAUUUAAUCGUUUGGAAGAACGUAUGUUAUCCGCUGUUUCUCAACAAGUACAAACAAUUCAAGAGGCGCUUAAAAGCCAGAUGGAAGGCAAGAAAGAGGGGAUGCUUUGUGUUGAAUUAGUUGGAAAACAAGUGAAAGUCUCUACAGACAUGGCUAUUUUUAUUACCAUGAAUCCUGGAUACGCUGGACGUUCCAAUCUACCAGACAAUCUCAAAAAACUUUUCCGAUCACUUGCUAUGACCACACCCGAUCGUCAACUCAUUGCUGAAGUAAUGCUUUUUAGUCAAGGAUUCCGAUCCGCAGAAAAGUUAGCGUGUAAAAUUGUUCCAUUCUUCAAGCUUUGCGACGAACAACUUUCUAAUCAAUCGCAUUACGAUUUUGGGUUACGUGCCUUGAAAUCUGUGUUGAUAUCUGCCGGGAAUGUGAAACGUGAUCGCAUACAGAAAAUUAAAGAGGGUAUGCAAGGUCGUGGUGAAACCAAUAUCGAUGAAGCCUCUAUCGCAGAAAAUCUACCCGAACAAGAGAUUCUUAUUCAAUCUGUAUGUGAAACGAUGGUUCCAAAAUUAGUUGCUGAGGAUAUUCCAUUGUUGUUCAGUUUGCUUAGCGAUGUAUUCCCUAAUGUAAAUUACACACGCGCGGAAAUGAAAGGAUUGAAAGACCAAAUUAGGAAAGUAUGCGCCGAAGAAUACCUGGUAUGCGGCGAAGGAGAUGAGCAGGGAGGUGCCUGGCAAGAGAAGGAAUCAGUCGGUGAGACGUGGGUAGAAAAGGUGCUUCAAUUGUAUCAAAUCUGUAAUUUAAAUCAUGGCUUAAUGAUGGUCGGUCCAAGUGGGUCUGGCAAAACCAUGGCGUGGAAAGUGCUGCUCAAAGCGUUAGAGCGAUUCGAAGGCGUGGAAGGUGUUGCUCACGUAAUCGAUCCUAAAGCAAUCAGUAAAGAAACAUUAUACGGCGUACUAGAUCCAAAUACACGCGAGUGGACGGAUGGUCUCUUCACGCAUAUAUUGAGGAAGAUAAUCGAUAACGUCAGAGGAGAAAUCAACAAACGACAAUGGAUUAUAUUUGAUGGUGAUGUCGAUCCAGAAUGGGUCGAGAACUUAAACUCGGUAUUGGAUGACAAUAAACUUCUUACUUUACCUAAUGGUGAACGUUUGAGCUUACCGCCGAACGUAAGAGUUAUGUUUGAAGUACAAGAUUUAAAAUACGCUACCUUAGCUACCGUGUCGCGCUGCGGUAUGGUUUGGUUCUCGGAGGAUGUGUUGUCAACGGAAAUGAUAUUCGAAAACUACAUGUUACGUUUACGGAAUAUUCCAUUGGAGGAUGGAGAAGAGGAUAAUCUCGGCAAGAAAACUGCAGAAAAAGAAGAUACUAUAUCGCCCGCAUUAGCCGUGCAGAGAGAAGUCGCUAGUAUCAUGCAGAGUUAUUUCGCACCCGAUGGUUUAGUAGUAAGAUGUUUGGAAUACGCCAUGAAACAAGAACAUAUAAUGGAUUUCACACGUUUACGAGCUCUCAGUUCCUUGUUUUCCAUGUUAAAUCAAGCUGUUCGCAAUGUAUUGCAAUACAAUCACUCUCACACCGACUUUCCUUUGCCAAGUGAACAGUUGGAACGUUACAUGCCCAAAUGCUUGGUUUAUGCGCUCUUAUGGAGCUUUGCAGGAGACGCUAAAUUAAAAGUUAGAUCUGACUUGGGUGAUUUUAUACGAUCUAUUACAACUGUACCUUUACCAUCUCAAAAUAACAUACCAAUUAUAGACUUUGAAGUAAACAUACACGGCGAAUGGUUACCUUGGAGUAACAAAGUUCCUCAAAUCGAAGUGGAGACCCACAAAGUAGCUAGUCCAGAUAUUGUUGUACCAACUUUGGACACUGUGAGACACGAAAGUUUAUUGUAUACUUGGUUAGCCGAACAUAAACCUUUGGUACUCUGUGGACCACCUGGUUCCGGCAAAACUAUGACACUAUUUUCCGCUCUGCGAGCGUUACCAGAUAUGGAAGUUGUUGGACUUAACUUUUCUUCUGCAACGACACCUGAAUUGUUGCUUAAAACGUUUGAUCAUUAUUGCGAAUAUCGUAAAACACCUAAUGGUGUCGUACUUUCCCCAGUACAGUUGGGCAAAUGGCUAGUUUUAUUCUGUGAUGAAAUCAAUUUGCCUGACAUGGAUAACUAUGGAACACAACGUGUAAUCUCCUUUUUGAGACAAUUAGUAGAACAUAGGGGAUUCUACAGAACAAGCGAUCAGGCAUGGGUCACAUUGGAGAGAAUUCAAUUUGUUGGUGCAUGUAAUCCACCCACAGAUCCCGGCAGGAAACCCCUUAGUCAUAGAUUCCUGCGACAUGUGCCUGUCAUUUAUGUCGAUUAUCCUGGAGAAACCUCUUUGAAGCAAAUUUAUGGCACAUUCACGCGUGCUAUGCUUAGAUUAACACCUUCCCUAAGGGGUUAUGCGGAGCCGUUGACGAACGCAAUGGUGGAGUUUUACUUAGCCUCUCAGGAGAGAUUUACCCAAGAUAUGCAACCACAUUACGUGUACUCUCCACGAGAAAUGACACGUUGGGUGCGCGGCAUUUGUGAAGCCAUUAGACCGUUAGAUAAUCUCUCCGUAGAAGGUUUGGUGCGUUUGUGGGCCCACGAGGCUCUUCGUCUGUUCCAGGAUAGAUUGGUAGAAGAUUCCGAAAGAGCUUGGACGAACAAGAACAUAGACACAGUAGCGCUGAAACACUUUAUGUCAGUCGAUAGAGAAAAAGCAUUAGCUAGACCAAUCUUAUACAGUAAUUGGCUAUCGAAAGAUUAUGUUCCAGUAAAUAGACAAGAAUUAAGAGACUACGUUCGGGCAAGAUUGAAAGUAUUUUAUGAGGAAGAAUUAGAUGUGCCGUUGGUACUUUUUGACGAAGUUCUCGAACAUGUUCUACGGAUUGACAGAAUUUUCCGACAGCCUCAGGGACACUUGUUGCUCAUCGGUGUCUCUGGUGCUGGAAAGACAACUCUGUCGAGAUUCGUUGCAUGGAUGAACGGUUUGUCUAUCUUCCAAAUUAAGGUGCACAAUAAAUAUACUGGUGAGGAUUUCGACGAAGAUUUGCGUCAAGUAUUGAGGCGAUCCGGUUGUAAAGAUGAAAAGAUAGCUUUUAUUCUUGACGAAUCUAAUGUAUUGGAUUCUGGUUUCCUUGAACGUAUGAACACAUUGCUCGCCAAUGGAGAAGUACCUGGAUUAUUCGAGGGUGAUGAGUAUACGACGCUUAUGACGCAAUGCAAGGAGGGUGCUCAACGAGAAGGCCUAAUGUUAGAUUCUAAUGAAGAAUUGUAUAAAUGGUUCACCGGCCAAGUUAUGAAAAAUCUACACGUUGUAUUUACAAUGAAUCCGAGUACGGACGGCCUGAAGGAUCGCGCGGCAACGUCACCAGCGUUAUUUAACAGAUGCGUACUGAAUUGGUUUGGUGAUUGGUCCGACAACGCGUUGUUCCAAGUUGGCAAAGAGUUUACUAAUCGCGUCGAUUUAGAGAGACCCAUGUGGAAAUGUCCGGACUUUUUCCCGUCUGUGUGUUCUUUGAUUCCAUCGCAACCGUCACACAGAGAUGCUGUUAUAAAUGCGUGUGUAUACGUUCAUCAGACGUUACAUAAAGCAAACACGCGAUUGGCAAAAAGAGGUGCCAGAACCAUGGCCAUCACGCCGCGCCAUUAUUUAGACUUCAUUAAUCACUUUGUGAAGCUGUAUCAGGAAAAAAGAAGUGACUUGGAAGAACAACAGUUGCAUUUGAACGUCGGUUUGAGUAAAAUCGCUGAAACAGUAGAACAAGUGGAAGAAAUGCAGAAGAGUUUAGCUGUAAAAUCUCAGGAAUUGCAAGCUAAGAACGAAGCUGCCAAUGCAAAAUUAAGGCAAAUGGUUAAAGAUCAACAGGAAGCAGAAAAGAAGAAGGUACAAAGUCAAGAAAUUCAGCAGCAAUUGCGUAUGCAAACGGUGGCUAUUAAUGAAAAGAGAGACGAUGUUAUGGCCGAUCUUGCUCAAGUUGAGCCAGCUGUUAUUGAUGCCCAAAAUGCGGUAAAAUCGAUAAAGAAACAACAUUUGGUUGAGGUUCGCUCUAUGGCAAACCCGCCGGCGAUUGUGAAAGUCGCGUUGGAGUCCAUCUGCUUAUUGCUCGGCGAAAAUGCUAGUGACUGGAAAUCUAUCCGCGCGGUCAUCAUGAGGGACAAUUUUAUCAAUACUAUUGUCUCUAAUUUCAGUACUGAGGACAUUACCGAUGAGGUGAGAGAAAAAAUGAAAAGCCGCUAUUUGAGCAACCCUGAUUACAAUUUUGAAAAAGUGAAUCGAGCUAGUUUGGCUUGCGGCCCUAUGGUAAAAUGGGCUAUAGCACAGAUUGAAUAUGCAGAUAUGUUGAAACGAGUCGAACCGCUACGCGAUGAACUUCAUUCUCUGGAACGACAAGCAGAAACUAAUAAACUGAAGGGCGAAGAGGUGAAGGAUUUGAUAGCUCAACUAGAGCAGAGCAUAGCAUCAUAUAAGGAAGAAUAUGCUCAACUCAUCUCGCAAGCGCAAGCCAUCAAAGCCGAUCUGGAGAGCGUGCAAGCCAAGGUGGAUAGAUCGAUUGCUUUAUUGAAGUCUUUGGUGAUAGAAAGAGAAAGAUGGGAAGCAACGAGCGAAACGUUUAAGAGUCAGAUGUCUACAAUAAUCGGAGACGUUUUGCUGUCUUCUGCUUUCUUGGCUUAUGCUGGUUAUUUCGAUCAACAUUAUCGCCAAAAUCUCUUUAGCACAUGGUGUCAACAUCUGCAACAUGCCAAUUUACAAUUCAGAGCUGAUAUUGCGAGAACGGAAUAUCUUUCUAAUCCGGAUGAACGUUUAAGAUGGCAAGCAAAUGCGUUACCUACUGAUGACCUAUGCACCGAAAAUGCCAUCAUGUUGAAACGUUUUAACAGAUACCCGUUGAUUAUUGACCCAUCCGGUCAAGCGACGGAAUUUAUCAUGAAUGAAUUUAAGGACCGAAAGAUUACGAAGACUAGCUUUUUAGACGAUUCGUUCAGGAAAAAUCUCGAAAGUGCUCUACGUUUCGGUAAUCCUUUGUUAGUACAAGAUGUGGAGAAUUAUGAUCCUAUACUGAAUCCCGUGUUGAACAGAGAACUUAGACGAACCGGCGGACGUGUAUUGAUUACGCUCGGCGAUCAAGACAUAGAUCUUUCACCAUCUUUUGUUAUCUUCUUGUCGACGAGAGACCCAACGGUAGAAUUCCCACCAGACAUUUGCUCGCGCGUGACGUUCGUAAACUUCACCGUUACUAGGAGUUCAUUGCAAAGUCAAUGUUUGAAUCAAGUGCUAAAAGCCGAACGUCCGGACAUUGACGAGAAGAGGUCUGAUCUAUUGAAACUUCAAGGAGAGUUCCAUCUGAGAUUGCGGCAACUUGAGAAAUCUCUGUUGCAAGCGUUGAACGACGCCAAAGGCAAGAUUCUCGAUGACGAUUCUGUGAUCACUACUCUUGAGACCUUGAAACAAGAAGCCGCUGAUAUUAGCAAGAAAGUGGAGGAGACGGAUAAAGUCAUAGCAGAGAUUGAGACAGUUUCCCAGCAAUAUAUGCCUCUGUCUCAGGCGUGUUCCAAUAUGUACUUUACGAUGGACAGUCUUAACCAAGUACACUUUUUGUAUCAGUACUCGUUGAAGAUGUUCCUAGACAUUUUCACAUCCGUGUUGUCACAGAAUCCGAAAUUGUCCGGUUUAUCGGACUAUACUCAGAGACUUUCGCUAAUUACGCGCGACUUAUUCUCUGUUUGUUACGAACGAGUUGCUCGAGGAAUGCUCCAUACGGACCGAUUAACAUUUGCUCUCUUGCUCUGUCGCAUCCAUUUGAAGGGCAUACCGACGGAAUCUACUUACGACAGUGAAUUUACGUUCUUCCUACGCGGAAAAGAAGGUGUUCUUAACAUUCGUGGCCCACCGGUGCCCAAUCUUAGUUCAGAACAACAGGAAGCGAUGAUGCGCUUAAGCAUAAGAUUACCAGCUUUUAAGAAACUCACGGAGAAGAUACAAGAAAAUGCAGAAUUUGGAGCAUGGUUGCAAUCACCCACACCUGAAACGUGCGUGCCGAAACUUUGGGACGAGGAAAAACCGUCAUCACCGACGGGAACGGCAAUGCAUGAAUUACUAGUGAUACAAGCGUUCCGACCGGAUCGUGUAAUCGCGGCUGCGUCUUUAGUAAUGACUUCUGCUUUCGGCGAGUCUUUUAUGCCAAACGCGGAAGCAGAGCUCGACUUCGCAUCUGUCGUCGAGAACCAACUGAAGGCAACCGUACCGGCUUUACUUUGCUCAGUGCCAGGUUUCGACGCUUCCGGUAGAGUGGAUGACUUAGCCGCGGAAUUGAGCAAACAAAUAGCUAGCAUUGCUAUUGGAUCGGCGGAAGGGUUCAAUCAGGCCGACCGAGCUAUAAAUAUGGCCGUGAAAGCCGGUAGAUGGGUACUGCUGAAGAACGUGCAUCUUGCACCACAGUGGUUGGUACAGUUAGAAAAGAAAUUACACAGUUUGCAGCCGCACACUAGUUUUCGUUUGUUCUUAACGAUGGAAAUUAAUCCUAAAGUGCCGGUAAAUCUACUUCGAGCUGGUAGAAUCUUUGUAUUUGAACCGCCUCCUGGUAUACGAGCGAAUUUAUUACGUACGUUCAGCACUGUACCUGCUUCAAGAAUGAUGCGGGCGCCUAACGAAAGAGCUCGUCUCUACUUUUUGCUCGCAUGGUUCCACGCAAUUGUGCAAGAACGGUUGCGUUAUGCGCCAUUAGGCUGGGCCAAACAUUACGAAUUCAAUGAGAGCGACUUGAGAGUCGCUUGCGACACCUUGGACACUUGGAUCGAAGCUACGGCUAUGGGUAGGACAAAUCUACCGCCCGAGAAAGUACCUUGGGAUGCUCUAGUAACUCUGCUCUCUCAAUGUAUUUACGGUGGUAAGAUCGAUAAUGAUUUCGAUCAACGUCUUCUGGCAUCUUUCUUGCGCAAACUCUUCACACCGCGAUCGUUUGAAGCUGAUUUCGCUCUAGUUGCCAACAUUGAUGGUGCGCAAAGCAAUCAAAGGCACAUUACGAUGCCAGAUGGUACUAGACGAGAUCAUUUCUUGAAGUGGAUUGAGUCUCUCUCGGACAGACAGACGCCUUCUUGGCUUGGUUUACCGAAUAACGCGGAGAAAGUGCUCUUGACCACGAGAGGAACCGAUCUGGUUUCGAAGCUUCUCAAAAUGCAACAACUGGAGGAUGAAGACGAAUUGGCGUAUUCGAACGAAGAAUCCUUGGAUACACCAAGGGAAGCCGAAGCGGACGGUCGACCUUCAUGGAUGAGAACACUACACAAUUCGGCCUCGACUUGGUUGCAGUUACUUCCAAAGAAUCUACCGACUUUAAAGAGAACAGUAGAGAAUAUUAAAGAUCCUUUGUAUAGAUACUUUGAGAGAGAAGUUAAUAGCGGAGCAAAAUUACUUCAAGACGUCAUACACGAUCUGGAAGAUGUCGUAUUAAUUUGUCAAGGCGAGAAGAAACAGACUAACUACCAUAGAACAAUGCUAUCCGAAUUAGUAAAGGGUAUUUUGCCUGGUGGUUGGAGGAGAUAUACUGUACCAAGAGGUUGUACAGUUAUACAAUGGAUCACAGAUUUUAGUCAUAGAGUUUCGCAGUUGCAAGAAGUUUCGCGUUUAGUAUCUCAAGGUGGAGCAAAAGAAAUAAAGAGUUUCCCAGUUUGGCUCGGUGGCUUACUGAAUCCCGAAGCUUAUAUUACCGCGACCAGACAAUGCAUCGCGCAAGCUAAUAGUUGGUCGCUUGAGGAAUUACAGUUGAACGUAACUAUUGGUGAUGGCGAUAACAUUGCUACGGACGAUUGCUCCUUCGCCGUUACUGGUUUGAAACUACAAGGCGCGCAGUGUAAGGAUAAUCAAUUGUAUUUAACUUCAACUAUUAUGACUGAUUUGCCGGUAACGAUGUUGCGAUGGGUGCGAUCCUCCACAGAGGAUAUCAGAAAGGGCAAAUUGUCUUUACCGGUUUAUUUGAACAGCACCCGUACUGAACUAUUAUUUACCGUUGAUUUAAAUAUCGCUCCUAGUCAAGAACCGCAUAGUUUUUAUGAGAGAGGAGUCGCUGUUUUGACAUCUACAGCUUUGAAUUAAAAACUACUUAAUCGAUUUUUAGCACGAAAUAUAUCGCUUAUACUAUCACAAGAAUUAUUAUUACUGCGAUAAUAGAAACAGUUUGAAAUGCAUUGCUCCAUGUUACAGCGUUUGUAAAGGAAAAAGAAAUUAACAUGCGACUUGCUAUAAGUUUGAAAUACAUGUCUGUGUGUGUGUGCGUGCAUGCGUGCAUGCAUGCGUGUGUGUAUAUAAAUAAAAGUAUUAAGAAAACGUAUUUUACACAAAUUGCUUACAAGUUAUUAAAGUACUUUGUGCUAAAUGUAUAAUUAGAAACGGAUAUAUUCGACGUAUAAUACUUGUAUAAUUAAAUGUAUAUUAUUCAUUUCUAUAAAUCAACAUUUUCGUAAAAAACAGAUUAUAAUAUAUAUAUAUAUAUAUAUAUAUAUAUAUAUAUAUAUAUAUAUAUACAUAUACAUAUAUAUACACAUAUAUAGUUUAUUUAAUUUUGUAUACGUUCGAAUUUUUAAAAUAUGUUUUUUUGUAACAAAGUUACACUAUACGUUUAUCUAAAUGUAAGCACAUAUAUAUAUAUAUAUAUAUAUAUAUAUAUAUAUAUAUGUAUAGCGAUAUUAUAUUAUUUAUAGGAGAAACUUGAAUGAUAUCUAAUAAAGUUUUCUGUUAUAAUAUUUACCUACUAUUCAGCUAGUACAUAGAUAUCCGAAAAGUAUCUUACAAAUAUCCUUCAAGGAUAUUGAGAAUAUCCAUAAAAUGUCUACUUUAUGUCCAUCAAACACCUAUAACAUGAAUGUCUAUAACAUAUCCAUAUAAGAAUUUGGUGGACAUAGUUUUAUUCCUGAAAUGUCCAAAAAAUAUCCGAUAUACGGAAUAAACUUCAUAUAGACGUGAAAUGAGUAUCAUAAAAAGGGAUUACAUCUAGAAUUUUAAUUUACAUUAGAAUGUAAUGAGAGAGAGGAGGAGGGGGAGGGGGGAGAAAGAGAGAGAUUUUAAAACAAUACAUUUAUUAAGGGAAGUUUAUAUUACAUAUAUUUUACCUUAAUUUAAACAGUCUUAUUACUUUGAAUUAUAUAUUUAAUUUUAUAUAUUGUUAUUAAUUUACAUUCAAGUCAAUAUUUUUAAAGGAGCAUAUAAAAUUUAUAAUUUAAAAGAAAGAUGCAUUUGUUAAACAAAUUAGAAUAGGAAUUAGAAUAUAGUAACAUUAAUUAUUCUAUGUUAUAUUUAACCAUUUGUUUGGCACGCGCGCCAAAAGUCGCGCACUUUUGGCGCACGAGAAGGAACUCGCCUUACUUCUACGCUGGAAAUAUAUUAUUAAAUUUAAAAGAUUACUAAUCUUAUGUUUUCGACAUCAAGGAAUUCGAAUUUUAUGUCAAAAUUAAAGAAUUUUUAAUCCUCGAUGCACUAUUGUAUGUUUAAUACGCAUGGAAAAUUCUUUUCUACCUAUUUUUUCUACUUCCCCUCUAAUAUUUUUAUUUUCUAUUCUUAUUCUUCCAUAUACUACAAUCUACCCCAGCAAACACAAUAAUAUAAAUAAGUUACAUCGUUGUAAUAUAACGGAAUGCAACGUGUAAUAUAACAUGUUUGUUACAUGUAA